AUGGAGCCCCCGGUCCAGAUCUUCCGCGGGGAGCCGGGUCCCACCUGCCCCCCGAGCACCUGCCUGCCCCCCAACGGCAGCGGCUGGCCGCCGGGCUGGGCCGAGAGCGACGGCAACAGCAGCGGGGGCUCCGAGGGCGCGCCGCUGGAGCCCGCGCACAUCUCUCCUGCCAUCCCGGUCAUCAUCACCGCGGUCUACUCGGUGGUGUUCGUCGUGGGCUUGGUGGGCAACUCCCUGGUCAUGUUCGUGAUCAUCCGAUACACAAAGAUGAAGACAGCAACCAACAUUUAUAUAUUUAACCUGGCGUUGGCGGAUGCUUUAGUUACUACAACCAUGCCCUUCCAGAGCACCGUCUAUCUGAUGAAUUCCUGGCCAUUUGGGGACGUGCUGUGCAAGAUUGUCAUUUCCAUUGACUACUAUAACAUGUUUACCAGCAUAUUCACCUUGACCAUGAUGAGUGUGGACCGAUACAUUGCUGUGUGCCACCCCGUCAAGGCUUUAGACUUUCGCACACCCAUGAAAGCAAAGAUCAUCAACAUCUGUAUUUGGCUCUUAUCGUCAUCUGUCGGCAUAUCCGCAAUAGUCCUUGGAGGGACCAAAGUCAGGGAAGACGUGGAUGUCAUCGAGUGCUCCUUGCAGUUCCCGGAUGACGAGUACUCCUGGUGGGACCUCUUCAUGAAGAUCUGUGUCUUCGUCUUCGCCUUCGUGAUCCCUGUCCUCAUUAUCAUCAUCUGCUACACCCUGAUGAUCCUGCGCUUGAAGAGCGUCCGUCUCCUCUCUGGCUCCCGAGAGAAAGAUCGUAACCUCCGUCGGAUCACCAGGCUGGUCCUGGUGGUGGUGGCGGUCUUUAUCAUCUGUUGGACCCCCAUUCACAUCUUCAUCCUUGUGGAGGCCCUGGGGAAUGCCUCUCACAGCACCGCUGCCCUCUCUAGCUAUUACUUCUGCAUCGCCUUGGGUUAUACCAACAGCAGCCUGAACCCCAUUUUCUAUGCGUUUCUGGAUGAAAACUUCAAGCGGUGUUUUAGGGACUUCUGCUUUCCAGUUAACAUGAGGACGGAGCGACAGAGCACCAGUAGAGUCCGAAACGCCAUUCAGGAUCCUGCUUACAUGAGGGAUGUUGAUGGGACAAAUAAACCAGUAUGACUAGUCGUGGAGAUGUCUUCCUACAGUUCUUCGGGAAGAGAAGAGUUUAAUGAUCUAGGGUUAACUCAGAUCAGCACCGAAGUCUGAGAUGGAAAGGUAGAAUCUUUAACAAACUUUUAGAAGUCUCGUGGUCUGAAGUCCUACGAUGCUGGCUGGGUUAGCGACCCAGGUCAGCGGAAGCAUCGAGGCUGUAGGGAUGGGGUGGAGAAGACUUGAGUAAGCGAAUCCAGCCCCUUUCUAGGGCAGGGAAGCACGGCUGAUUCUGGGUUCCCUUGAUGAACAAAGAAAUAAGCCUUUUCUCUUCUGGUUACCUAAAUUUAGUCCGGGCCCCACCUGCUGCGGCCUUCCCGUGCAAUGCGGUUCCAAAAGCUCUGUUGAGGAAAAAAGACAGGACAAGACAACACCUCGGUUUCAGAGCUCAGUGGGCCUCCAAUCCAGAUGCUUGACGUUGACGACGACCACCUGAAUACAAACAAGGACCGUUCCUAG